AUGCCCGCUCUCGACAUCCAGAACCCAGGCGUCGCUGCCGUAGCAGGCGCCGGGGCGCUCCUGGCCGAUCUUCUCCAAGAUGCCGAGCUCGCAAAGCCGACGUCGGCCCUCGAGCCAGUUCUGAAUCCGUCCGAUCUCGGCUCCCUCGAAGGUCGCAUCUCGGCCUCUCUCGUCAGCCUCGCCGCCUCGGACACGGACAAUAACCUCGAGGCUGCCAAGACGCUCCAUUUCGCCAUUCUCGAAACUGCUGCCAGAGAUCUCUUCGGUCGGCUAAUCGCCACUACUUCCAUCGACUCUCCCGAAUUUGUCAAAAUGUGGAAUCUCCUCGACAUACUCUCGAUCCUGUCAGACAUGGGCCAAUGCGAUCCCGCACUGCUGUUCUGGUUGGUCGAGGAGCUGCUCGACAGCCAAACCAUAGCUGGCUGCCGCAAGAUAUUCGACUACCUCGAGUCGCGUCGCGAGCGCAUUACAUCCAAGCACUUUAAGCAAAAGAACCUGGUCAUACUGCGAAGUUGCAACGAGCUCCUCCGCCGGCUAUCCCGCGCCGAGGACACGGCCUUUUGCGGGCGGGUCUUCAUCUUCCUCUUCCAGAGUUUCCCCUUGGGAGACAGAAGCUCUGUCAACCUUCGAGGCGAAUAUCACGUCGAGAACGUCACCAAUUUUGAGCCCCCGAGGGCUUCCGAGGAAGAUUCCAAAAUGGUCAUCGAUGAUCAGAUAAUGCCAAAGGACUCGACAGACACCAAAGCGGGCAACAAAGCCGUGCCCAAGAAGACGUCAAAGGCCUUUGAUCCCGACUCCCUUUACGCCUCAUUCUGGUCGCUUCAGGAGUGCUUCAGCCAGCCACUCAAGCUCCUGGUCCCGACGCACAUGGCCCACUUCAAGAACAACCUUGGCGCUACCUUGAAGGCUUUCCAGGCCAUCCACAACGGCGAAGGCGCCCAGUCUUCAAAGUCGAUGGAGAACAUGAGGCGGGACUUGAAGCGCAAGAGAGAAGAAGAUGAGGCCGGUGAUGGUCUAGCGACAUUCAACCCCAAAUAUCUCACCAGCAAGGACCUGUUUGAGUUGGAGAUUAGCGAUCUAUCUUUUCGACGUCAUGUCCUUGUCCAGGCUCUCAUCAUCAUCGACUUCAUUCUCUCCCUGACCUCUGGAGCAAAAGAAAAGCUAGCCGGCUUCAACGCCUCAAACAAGUCGGUCAUGUACAACGAUCAGCUCGACGAGGAAAACACAAAGUGGGCAAACGAAAUGAAGACGACCAUAUCAGACUAUCUGAAAAGGGGGCCCGACGGUCCGUACUUUAAUAGGAUGGUUGAGACUGUGCUUGCGAGGGACAAGAACUGGGUAUUUUGGAAGAUGGCCAGUUGCCCGCCCAUUCAGCGGAAACCCGUCUCCACCGAGACCUUCAAAGAGUCCAAAGGCAAUGCACAGCGCAUGGCCACUAGCAAGCGCCUGCGGCCGAACCCGCUAGGUGCCGUGUCGAUGGACUUCAUUCGCGACGACCCUCGCAAGCUCUCCAUGGAUAACCUCCAGGAGGCAGAGAGGUACGCGCUGCCCGAGCUGGACGGCUUCAAGAGGACCAUUGCAAACGACGAGUUCGAAAUAGAAAUGCCGACAAACGAGCAGACCAAGGCCGCUGCCGUUGCGGGCAAGGCGAGCAAAAGCUGGCGAGCUCUUCGGAUAGGCGGACGGUCGAAGCUGGCGGCCUUUGACAGGAUUGACGACUCGAAAAAUAUCGACAGCGUUUUCGAGGAGCUCGUCGAAAUCAACGGCGCCCCUGACGAGGACGCGGCAGACGAGGAGGACAUGCCGCAGAACUGCGAGCCCGUCAUCGUGUCGGGCCUCAAGGGUACCAGCAGGACGGGACUGGUGGAGCAGCUGAAACAGAGGCACAAGGGCGUGUUUGCGACGGUGGUCCGGCACGCGGUGCGAGAGCCUCGCGACGACGAGGUCAGGGGCCAGAGCUUCCAUUUCGUCACGGACCGGGAGUUCGGCCAGCUUCGCGACGGCGAUCGUCUGGUGGAGCACGGCACGCGGGACGGCGUCGAGUAUGGUACCAGCACCAACGCCAUCGAUGCCGUCGCCCAGUCUGGCAAAGUGCCAGUCAUUGAGUUGGAUCUCGAGGCUGCGAAAUUUGCCAGAGAAAUGAACUUCGCAGCCCGCUACGUCCUCGUCGACCCUCCGACGGCCUCCGUCCCCCAAGGGGCCGGUUCCGAGUCCGCGGGCGAUGUCCAGACCACCGUGACCGAGCCGCGGGACGAGACGGGAAAUGCUGCCAAGGACGCGGCCGCCCUGUUCGACAAGAUUGUGGCCGAGUCGGACCUCGAGCGGGCGGCCGAGGACCUCGGGGCGUACGUGUUCGCCGAGCAAGGUUCGCAGUCGCAGCAGGGUGAGAAGAGCAACGCGCCUGUCGAGGCCGAGGUUGGCCUUGAGGACGGAGACACGAGCAUGGCUGACGCUCCGCCAGAAGAGACAGCCAAAGAGGCCGACGACGAUGCGAGAAGCGACCGCACCGAGGAUAGGUGUAUCGAGGUCAGGACGUAA